AUGCCGGCCGUCGAAUCCCCCGUCACGUCUUCAGAAUCCGGUCUCGUCAAAAUGGAGGACCGGAAGAGGCCCGCCACAGACAAUGACUCGGCCCCGCCUUUGAAGAAACAGGCUACCGUCACGAACGGCGGUAACAAGCCACACCCGGACGCUGAUAUGCCAUGGAAAGAUGAAUUGGAGAAAUUUCAAAAGGAAGCCAUAUUCCGCCAAAUGCAAGAGUACAAGCGAGAGAAGUCAUCAUUGGAAUCGCGUUUGAGUAAAAUGUCCAAAGCUGCCACGUUUCACAAUGACCACCUACGUGUUAUCGAUUCUUGGUUCAAACAGUUGAUUGAUGAAGUCAAGGUACUUCUUGGGCCAUCGCAAGCCGAAGAUCAAGAGCAACAUUUCAAAAGCUCUCUACAAUUUGAAGAUGUGGAGAAUUUCGAAACGCACUUGAAAUCGCGAUCAGAAGAUAUUCGCGCUAUAAUUUUGCAAGUCCAAUCCAAAUCAACAGAUGCGCCACCCGAGAUCUCAGAGGUUCAGACCCGUCUUGCAAAGAAGCUGGCAGAAGAAAAGGUUGCGAUUGCGGAGCUUGAGAAGACUCUUGUGGAAAAACAACAGUUGGAGGAAAGCCUCGAGGCUGCUUCGUUGCGGUACCUAGUGGCCGAGAAGAAACUAGACCGCGCGAAAAGUGUGACUGUUCUAAAGCUUGAGAAACAGCAACUCAUGGCUGCGCGACCUGGCGACGCGGCGCAAACUAAGCGUGAAGAAAAUUCACCGGCAAAUGGAGGGACUCCCGUGGGAGAACGCAAUCCUGAGCUUGAAAAGGCUCAUAACAAGCUGACAGCGAUUUCGGCAAAGCAAAGGGAGCAAAUCCAAAAGUUAGAGGCCGAGAACGCCUCCUUGCUUAGCCAGGUUACCGAAAUCAAAAUUAAGUAUUCCAAACUCACGGAUGACGAUUAUGCACACACGGACCUGUUUAAGCAACUGCGCUCACAAUAUGAUGACGUUGUCAAGCGCAUCAACCAUUUGGAGGCAACGAAUACUCAGCUUCGGGAGGAAGCCGAAACAUAUCGCACCGAAAGAAGUGCAUACAAAAUGCAGAUGGAAGACGAAAUUCAUAACACUGUUGCGGAAAAGGAAGCGCAGUUGAUGAGAGCGGAGACGGACCUUGCCCGGAUACGAAACGCUCGCGAUGAGCUCCUUGCCGAUCAACAGAUGCGAAAAGCCACCCAGGACCAGGAAAAGAUCUCUGGGUUAAAGCUACAAGAGCUGGCAGAUGCCCGGGAGGCCCGAAUUGCGGCUCUUGAGUCAGAGGCUAAGAGGUUACAGGUGCAGAUCGAAGGUUCCAAGGCCGCCGAGAAUGUGGAGACCAUGCCGUUGGAAGAACUCCGAGCGAAAUACACUAAUCUCGAACGCCAAUAUGCCAUGCUCAAUACCGAGUUGACCUCGAUGCAGACGGCCUACACAAAGUUUGCGAAGCUGGCAUCCUCCAAAGUUACCGAUUAUCAGGCUAUGGAGGAAAAGAUUGCGCGUCUUACAGCGGAAAAGUCCAAGGCCGAUCAAAAAUUCUUCGCUGCAAUGAAGAGCAAAGAAGCCCGCGAUGUCGAGGUUCGCACUCUACGAAUGCAAAAUUCGAAGACUUCGGACAUUGUGUCACAGUUGAAAGAUGCCGAAACUUCCACGCGAGCAUUGCUUUCCAACAUGGAUAAAAGAAGCAAUGAAACAAAGGAGGCACUAGACAAAGCUCUCAGCAAGCAACACAAGAUUCAGCAGCAGUUAACCGAAAGCGAGAUCCUUGCAAAUGGGCUGAAACAGCAGGUGACUGACCUCAAAGAACUCUCUGUCUCCAAGGAUUCGACAUUGGGCAGCACCAACUCUUCUUUACGACAAGCUGAAACAGAGAUUGCUGGUCUCAAACAGUCUCUUUCUGAUACCAAGAAGAGCCUGGACAAUUGGAAGAACAAGAGUCUUGGCAAUUCGUCUUCGGAAUAUGAAAUGUUACGGACAAUCGCCAUUUGCACAGUCUGCCGCACCAAUUUCAAGAACACGGCGAUCAAAACAUGUGGUCACGUCUUUUGCCGAGAAUGUGUCGAUGAACGUCAGCAAUCGCGGUCUCGCAAGUGCCCGAACUGCGGCAAAUCAUUCGGAAGCAACGACUACAUGCACAUCACCCUUUAA